GCUUAAACGACACAAAACGUAUCCCACUGGUGAGUUUGUAUGCACUGCUUGACAGUGCCGCAUCAUGGACCUGUACAAAGCAGUGUUGCUAGGCGUCCUUUUCUCUGCAGUCAGUGCGGGUGUCCUGGAUGAAUAUGCAAAAACAGAGGGCGCCCGGAUUAUGUCUAUAUUGAAGAGGGAGUACUCAGUAGGCACGGUCCUAGAAUGUGCCAUCAAGUGUAACGCUGAAACAGCUUUCACUUGCAGGUCCUUUAUAUACAUUGAAAAGGAUCAAGAAUGUUUGACAAUACCAGCAAACACCAAAACAGAGCAUGUUCUGAGAAGAACCAGCACAGCUCUCUACGAAAAGAAAGUGUACUUGAUGGAGUGUGUGAAUGGAAUCGGUAUGGACUACAGAGGAACUAAGUCCAAAACAAAAUCAGGGAAGACAUGCCAGAGAUGGGCAUCAAAAUACCCCCAUAACCCCAACAUGACCCCUUCAACACACCCCAAUGCCGACCUGGAGUCCAACUUCUGUAGAAACCCAGAUGGCGACAGCAAAGGACCCUGGUGCUACACCAAAGACCCUGAGACCAGGUGGGAGACCUGCAACGUCCAGGACUGCAGCGCUUCUAAGCCUCCCACGGUGGUGGAGGAGCUCACCUGUAGCACAGGCGACGGCGUUGCCUACAGGGGAACUGUUGCCGUGACAACGUCUGGGAAAGCCUGUCAGGCCUGGGCAGCUCAGACGCCCCAAAAGCACAACAGAACUCCAGACAACUACCCAUCCAACGGCCUGGACCUGAACUACUGCAGGAACCCAGACAAUGAGAGGAUGCCCUGGUGCUACACUACAGACCCAGAGACACGUUGGGAGUACUGCAAGGUGCCUAGCUGUGGAGACGUUCCUGGACCAGCUUCUAAGCCUCCCACGGUGGUGGAGGAGCUCACCUGUAGCACAGGCGACGGCGUUGCCUACAGGGGAACUGUUGCCGUGACAACGUCUGGGAAAGCCUGUCAGGCCUGGGCAGCUCAGACGCCCCAAAAGCACAACAGAACUCCAGACAACUACCCAUCCAACGGCCUGGACCUGAACUACUGCAGGAACCCAGACAAUGAGAGGAUGCCCUGGUGCUACACUACAGACCCAGAGACACGUUGGGAGUACUGCAAGGUGCCUAGCUGUGGAGACGUUCCUGGACCAGCUUCUAAGCCUCCCACGGUGGUGGAGGAGCUCACCUGUAGCACAGGCGACGGCGUUGCCUACAGGGGAACUGUUGCCGUGACAACGUCUGGGAAAGCCUGUCAGGCCUGGGCAGCUCAGACGCCCCAAAAGCACAACAGAACUCCAGACAACUACCCAUCCAACGGCCUGACCCUGAACUACUGCAGGAACCCAGACAAUGAGAGGAUGCCCUGGUGCUACACUACAGACCCAGAGACACGUUGGGAGUACUGCAAGGUGCCUAGCUGUGGAGACGUUCCUGGACCAGCUUCUAAGCCUCCCACGGUGGUGGAGGAGCUCACCUGUAGCACAGGCGACGGCGUUGCCUACAGGGGAACUGUUGCCGUGACAACGUCUGGGAAAGCCUGUCAGGCCUGGGCAGCUCAGACGCCCCAAAAGCACAACAGAACUCCAGACAACUACCCAUCCAACGGCCUGACCCUGAACUACUGCAGGAACCCAGACAAUGAGAGGAUGCCCUGGUGCUACACUACAGACCCAGAGACACGUUGGGAGUACUGCAAGGUGCCUAGCUGUGGAGACGUUCCUGGACCAGCUUCUAAGCCUCCCACGGUGGUGGAGGAGCUCACCUGUAGCACAGGCGACGGCGUUGCCUACAGGGGAACUGUUGCCGUGACAACGUCUGGGAAAGCCUGUCAGGCCUGGGCAGCUCAGACGCCCCAAAAGCACAACAGAACUCCAGACAACUACCCAUCCAACGGCCUGACCCUGAACUACUGCAGGAACCCAGACAAUGAGAGGAUGCCCUGGUGCUACACUACAGACCCAGAGACACGUUGGGAGUACUGCAAGGUGCCUAGCUGUGGAGACGUUCCUGGACCAGCUUCUAAGCCUCCCACGGUGGUGGAGGAGCUCACCUGUAGCACAGGCGACGGCGUUGCCUACAGGGGAACUGUUGCCGUGACAACGUCUGGGAAAGCCUGUCAGGCCUGGGCAGCUCAGACGCCCCAAAAGCACAACAGAACUCCAGACAACUACCCAUCCAACGGCCUGACCCUGAACUACUGCAGGAACCCAGACAAUGAGAGGAUGCCCUGGUGCUACACUACAGACCCAGAGACACGUUGGGAGUACUGCAAGGUGCCUAGCUGUGGAGACGUUCCUGGACCAGCUUCUAAGCCUCCCACGGUGGUGGAGGAGCUCACCUGUAGCACAGGCGACGGCGUUGCCUACAGGGGAACUGUUGCCGUGACAAUGUCUGGGAAAGCCUGUCAGGCCUGGGCAGCUCAGACGCCCCAAAAGCACAACAGAACUCCAGACAACUACCCAUCCAAAGGCCUGGACCUGAACUACUGCAGGAACCCAGACAAUGAGAGGAUGCCCUGGUGCUACACUACAGACCCAGAGACACGUUGGGAGUACUGCAAGGUGCCUAGCUGUGGAGACGUUCCUGGACCAGCUUCUAAGCCUCCCACGGUGGUGGAGGAGCUCACCUGUAGCACAGGCGACGGCGUUGCCUACAGGGGAACUGUUGCCGUGACAACGUCUGGGAAAGCCUGUCAGGCCUGGGCAGCUCAGACGCCCCAAAAGCACAACAGAACUCCAGACAACUACCCAUCCAAAGGCCUGGACCUGAACUACUGCAGGAACCCAGACAAUGAGAGGAUGCCCUGGUGCUACACUACAGACCCAGAGACACGUUGGGAGUACUGCAAGGUGCCUAGCUGUGGAGACGUUCCUGGACCAGCUUCUAAGCCUCCCACGGUGGUGGAGGAGCUCACCUGUAGCACAGGCGACGGCGUUGCCUACAGGGGAACUGUUGCCGUGACAACGUCUGGGAAAGCCUGUCAGGCCUGGGCAGCUCAGACGCCCCAAAAGCACAACAGAACUCCAGACAACUACCCAUCCAACGGCCUGGACCUGAACUACUGCAGGAACCCAGACAAUGAGAGGAUGCCCUGGUGCUACACUACAGACCCAGAGACACGUUGGGAGUACUGCAAGGUGCCUAGCUGUGGAGACGUUCCUGGACCAGCUUCUAAGCCUCCCACGGUGGUGGAGGAGCUCACCUGUAGCACAGGCGACGGCGUUGCCUACAGGGGAACUGUUGCCGUGACAACGUCUGGGAAAGCCUGUCAGGCCUGGGCAGCUCAGACGCCCCAAAAGCACAACAGAACUCCAGACAACUACCCAUCCAACGGCCUGGACCUGAACUACUGCAGGAACCCAGACAAUGAGAGGAUGCCCUGGUGCUACACUACAGACCCAGAGACACGUUGGGAGUACUGCAAGGUGCCUAGCUGUGGAGACGUUCCUGGACCAGCUUCUAAGCCUCCCACGGUGGUGGAGGAGCUCACCUGUAGCACAGGCGACGGCGUUGCCUACAGGGGAACUGUUGCCGUGACAACGUCUGGGAAAGCCUGUCAGGCCUGGGCAGCUCAGACGCCCCAAAAGCACAACAGAACUCCAGACAACUACCCAUCCAAAGGCCUGGACCUGAACUACUGCAGGAACCCAGACAAUGAGAGGAUGCCCUGGUGCUACACUACAGACCCAGAGACACGUUGGGAGUACUGCAAGGUGCCUAGCUGUGGAGACGUUCCUGGACCAGCUUCUAAGCCUCCCACGGUGGUGGAGGAGCUCACCUGUAGCACAGGCGACGGCGUUGCCUACAGGGGAACUGUUGCCGUGACAACGUCUGGGAAAGCCUGUCAGGCCUGGGCAGCUCAGACGCCCCAAAAGCACAACAGAACUCCAGACAACUACCCAUCCAAAGGCCUGGACCUGAACUACUGCAGGAACCCAGACAAUGAGAGGAUGCCCUGGUGCUACACUACAGACCCAGAGACACGUUGGGAGUACUGCAAGGUGCCUAGCUGUGGAGACGUUCCUGGACCAGCUUCUAAGCCUCCCACGGUGGUGGAGGAGCUCACCUGUAGCACAGGCGACGGCGUUGCCUACAGGGGAACUGUUGCCGUGACAACGUCUGGGAAAGCCUGUCAGGCCUGGGCAGCUCAGACGCCCCAAAAGCACAACAGAACUCCAGACAACUACCCAUCCAAAGGCCUGGACCUGAACUACUGCAGGAACCCAGACAAUGAGAGGAUGCCCUGGUGCUACACUACAGACCCAGAGACACGUUGGGAGUACUGCAAGGUGCCUAGCUGUGGAGACGUUCCUGGACCAGCUUCUAAGCCUCCCACGGUGGUGGAGGAGCUCACCUGUAGCACAGGCGACGGCGUUGCCUACAGGGGAACUGUUGCCGUGACAACGUCUGGGAAAGCCUGUCAGGCCUGGGCAGCUCAGACGCCCCAAAAGCACAACAGAACUCCAGACAACUACCCAUCCAAAGGCCUGGACCUGAACUACUGCAGGAACCCAGACAAUGAGAGGAUGCCCUGGUGCUACACUACAGACCCAGAGACACGUUGGGAGUACUGCAAGGUGCCUAGCUGUGGAGACGUUCCUGGACCAGCUUCUAAGCCUCCCACGGUGGUGGAGGAGCUCACCUGUAGCACAGGCGACGGCGUUGCCUACAGGGGAACUGUUGCCGUGACAACGUCUGGGAAAGCCUGUCAGGCCUGGGCAGCUCAGACGCCCCAAAAGCACAACAGAACUCCAGACAACUACCCAUCCAAAGGCCUGGACCUGAACUACUGCAGGAACCCAGACAAUGAGAGGAUGCCCUGGUGCUACACUACAGACCCAGAGACACGUUGGGAGUACUGCAAGGUGCCUAGCUGUGGAGACGUUCCUGGACCAGGUCACUUUACACUGUCGUGUGAUGAUGAUGAUGAUGAUGAUGUGAAUGCAUUGGAUUUAUUUUGUA